AUGGACGUCCACGGCACUUCCACAACGGCCGCCGACUCGCCCAGGCGUUCUGGCACACCCGAUAGCGAUCCUAUCGAACAUGUGCAGCGACCGAAUCCUUUCGCCACGCCGUAUGGCUCUAUGCCYCCCUCGGCAAUGGGAUCCUCGACCGCUUUCCAACAGAUGCAGCCUCCAAAGUUCUUCCACUCCCGACGUAUCAACAAGCAGGAGGUUGAGAAACCAUGGCUUGACAAGAAAGACCCCAGGGAGAAAUGGACAACCAUCAUUCCCAUCAUCGGUCUGUUGGUUGGCCUUGGUCUCGCUGGGUUCUUGAUCUACGACGGCCUGCAGACUGUCCACAACUACAGCUACUGCCCGAUAAUGGAAGAUGACUUUUCUGGUGGACUCUCGGACAUGUGGACGAAGGAGGUCGAGUCUGGAGGUUUUGGUAACGGCCAAUUCGAGGUCACCACGAAUACCGACGAAAACGUUUUCGUUCAGGAUGGCAUGCUUACCAUCAAGCCCACUCUUCAGGACGCUAAGCUCAUCGAGACCAACACCGUCAUUAACCUGCUCAAAGAAGGAAUUUGCUCUUCGGACCUUUGGUCGAACUGUGUCGCUGUAACCAACACCACAAACGGCACCAUUGUGAACCCAGUCAAAUCAGGACGUAUCAGCACCAGGUCGAGCAAAUCGAUCAAAUACGGCCGCAUCGAAGUUGAAGCGCAGUUACCCGAGGGUGACUGGCUUUGGCCAGCGAUUUGGAUGUUGCCGAAAGACAACGUCUACGGCGACUGGCCGCGGUCCGGCGAGAUUGACAUUAUGGAAUCGCGUGGCAACAACUACACAUACAAAACAGGAGGUAACAAUGUUGUGUCUUCCACACUUCACUGGGGACCCGACGCGAACAAUGAUGCUUGGUGGCGAACCAACAAGAAGAACAAGGCCCUGCACACAACCUACGCUUCUGGAUUCCACAAGUACGGGCUCGAAUGGAACCCAAAGUACGUCUUCAGCUACGUCGACACUCGUUUGCUGCAGGUCAUGUACGUCAACUUCAACAAGCCAUUUUUCAGCAAGGGAAACUUCCCGACAUCGGACUCGAACGGCUCGAGAAUUGACAACCCUUGGGCGGCUGGCACGUCCGCGAGUCCCUUUGACCAAGAUUUCUACCUCAUUAUCAACGUUGCCGUUGGAGGUACCAACGGGUGGUUUGAAGACGGCGUUCAGGGCAAACCAUGGGUAGACACCUCCGACACCGCUUCGCAUGAUUUCUGGAWCGCUCGUGAUCAGUGGUAUCCUACGUGGGCGGACAAGGGUCAGUUGAAGGUCAAGUCUGUCAAGAUGUGGCAGCAAAAGGGUUUCAACGGGUGCUAG